CAUGCCCCCUGCCCCUGGCAGCAGAGCCAGAAAGGGUGAGGCGAAGUCGGGCGCAGCGGGGCGCGCUGCCGUCCCUCUGAGGGCUGGGGAGCUGCGACGGAGCCGGCAGCGUUUCGGGAGACGCAGCGAGAGAACGAUGCGCCGGGAGCCAAAGAUGCCUGAGCCUGGAAACAGCCACUGACAGGAUGUUUGCUAUCCAUCCUCCCAAUGCUUCUCAAGCACCUGCCAUUCAUCUAGUGAACAGUUCCUCCUCGGGUUAUACAGAGCUGGUGAAGACUCCACCGAACAAUUCUUCCCCUACUGCCCCCAUCUUCUCAAUGACCUUGGGGGCAGUCUCCAAUAUCGUGGCCCUGGUGAUCCUGGUGCAGUCCUACACCCGCUUUCGGCGCCGUUCCAAGGCCACAUUCCUGCUUUUUGCCAGCAGCUUGGUUAUCACAGACCUAGCAGGUCAUGUCAUCCCAGGCUCCUUUGUGUUGCAGUUGUAUGCCACACGGCGUGGCUGGGCAGCCAUGGACCCUUCCAGAGCUCUCUGCCAGUUCUUUGGUGCUUCCAUGGUAUUCUUUGGACUAUGCCCACUCUUUCUGGGCUUCAUGAUGGCAGUGGAGCGGUGCAUGGGCAUCACCCGUCCUCUGCUUCACGCAGCAGUGGUCACUCCAGGCCGAACAAAGCUUUCCUUGCUAGGGCUGUGGACAACCGCUCUUGCCAUUGCCCUGAUGCCUCUCUGCAGCUUUGGGAGCUAUGUGGUCCAGGCCCAAGACACUUGGUGUUUCAUCAAGGUGCAGGGGGCAGAAGCAUGGCCUGAGAUAGCUUUUGCCCUGCUCUUUUCUUUUUUGGGAUUGGCCUCCCUGGUGGCCUCUCUCAUCUGCAACACAUUCAGUGGACUCAUUCUGGUGCGAGCCCGUCUCCGUGGUCAGCGCAAAUGUGGUCAGCGGAGGGCCAAGGCUCAUGACAUUGAAAUGGUCGUGCAGCUUGUGGGCAUCAUGGUUGUCUCCUGUAUUUGCUGGAGUCCAUUAUUGAUCAUUGUCAUCUUAUCAGUGAGCAACUCUCAUGGAACCCUGAAUUAUGAUCAGCUGCUAUUCCUUGGUGUGCGGCUGGCCUCAUGGAACCAGAUUUUGGACCCUUGGGUGUAUAUAUUGCUGCGGCGUGCAGUGCUGCGCAAGCUCGUGGCUCUACUUCUAAGGCGUCCUGACCUCAAAACGACUCAUUUUGACCGCUGGGAAGCCAGCUCCUUCCAGAGCUCAGAGCGCAGUGUUGCUGCUGGUCGCAUCUAGUAUUGGGUGGAGCAAGCAAGAAUUUGCCUACUUGAAAGCACUUUGAACCUUCCUGGAAUUCAGAAUCCAGGCACCUUGACUGCUGCUGGUGGCAUAGGUGAUACAAGAGAUAAAUUGGCAGUUUCAAAUCCUGACACCAGAUAAGAGGUUCAAGAUUUUGGAGCAGCCUCCUGCCUGUUUGUGACUUUCUUAUGAGAGAGAGAGAGAGAGAGACGCAGGAUCUUCUUGGAAGACAUAUUAAUGACAGUUCUUUUGGGGGAGGGAGUCGGGGGCAUCUACAGAAAGGGUAAGGGAGAGCAAAUAUAUCAUGAUGCAAAUGGUAAGUCAUGAUGCCCAUGACUUCAUUUUGACAUCAUUGUAGCUUCUAGUGGACCUCUAUGGUGGGGACCUUUGCUCAGUGAUAAAAGAAAAUAUUAUAUGUGCCGGAUACUUCCAGUAAGGCAGAACUGAGGAAGAACUCUGUGUCUGCUUCUAGACAGUCAUCAGUACCAAAAGGAGACAAUUCUUGACCAGGUAAACAAAAGCAGGUCUGUAUGUUUUGAUAGGAAGAAAAGCUAUGGUUUAGUGCAUUUUGAAAGCCUUACAUCCUCCCUGAUACAGACUAUGCGCUGUGCAUGAAGACCCUGUUAGCUAUUCAUGCUGUAUUCCAAAGCUGAAGAAUGCAGUAGGUGCAGAAGCAGGCUACCUAUGGCUUCCUUGCACAGUGCAACUGCAGCUUCUCAGGAGUGUGAAGCUUGUUCUUGUGGAUUAUCAGGCAAGAAGACAUCCCAAGUAGCAUCCUUCCUUGGGUGUUCAGUUCAGGUAGGUCAUCAUCCGGCUGCACUUUCCUAGCCAGAGAAUAGCCAAUCAAGUCCAACCCGUCAGUGCAGAUUGUUUAACGUGCUGCCAGAAGUGACUUGGAUACUUGGAGUCUGUGAUGCAGUUUUUCACAAUGCUAAGGCUACUGUAUUACUGCAGCGUGUAAAGGAAUUUUUGUCUAAGAUUUGCUGCACUUCUAUACAAGCAAUCUGAUGCAAAGCAAAGUAUCAUUCUGUCUCACCAUCUCAUAUAGAUUGCACGUCCAUUGCAGUGGAGGGAACAAAGGCAUGUGCUUAUGGUUCAGGGUGACCCUUAAUUUAGACAGAAAUGUGGGAAUUCUAGAGAACCUUUUCAUGGGCAUAGUGGAUGGAGAAGGCUGGAAAUGUGAUCUCAUGUGGCCUCCCAAAUUCAAAAAUAAGGAAAAGAGCCCCUUUCAUAACAGAGUAAGUGGACACAUGGCAUCAUUUCCUCAUAGAGAAGAUCUGCAACAAACAGUUCUGUCCUAGAAUGGAUUUCCACAAAUUGCUAAGUUGCUGAUGACCCUGCAAAAUAAUGUCCUUGGGGAAAAGGUGGGACUGAUGCACAGACUGCAAGGGGGAUGUCUCUGUCUGCUGCUCUGUUCCAUGCUCUGAGAUGCUAUGGAGCAAGGAUGGUGGGAAAGUCCUGAAACGAUUGAUCUGUAGGGGCUGGCUGUGGCAUGAUAGCGUUCUGAGGCAACUCUUAAUCAGCACUAGGCGCUCCACAACAAACCGUUUCAGUGGGGCACUCUGGCCUUCUACGCUUUAUUUUCUUCAGGUCCCUGACUUACUCCACACGCCUGCUGCCAGGAGCCUGUGCCAGCCGGACUAAUUUAGUCAGCAACAGGGUCCCAUUUAUCGCUCCAUGUGUUUCGUUUUCAUUCAGUGACUGCUUUGCUCUGCUUAUUAUCAUCUCUUAGCAGCUGGAGCAUGUAGAAUCAGGCUUGUAGAAUCCUGGUUGAAAGCUGGAUCAAACAGCAGAAGGAAAAUUAUCAUUGUUAUGGGAAUUAGUUGAAAAGACAGGCUUGCAAAGUUGCAGAUCUGUUGCUCCUGGUUCAGAUAUUCUGGCCAAAUCUAUAUACCUGGUGCUGCCCCACCAACCCUGUCCUUCAGUAUGUUUGUAAUCAACAUAGCUGUUGUGCCGUGUUCCCAUACCAUCUGGGACCCAGCAGAAAAGGGUCUGUGCUGCUGCCCUUCGACCUUCUAAUAAAGUAUUUAUUCACACACAACAUUUCUAAAGGCCGUGAUUACUAGUUCCUUGACUGAAAUGCCAUCACCCUCACACGACGCUUUGGUUACUGUGUGCGCUAUUUUUUUUUUUUCCUGUUAAUGCUGUCUACUGAUUUAAUUUUUUUAAAAAAAAUUCCCUGAAACUAUGGAUUGACCGUUUAAUUAAUUAAUUUUGCAUUACUUGGCUGCCAUUUAGUGGUGGUCUGAAUUUAUGCAGCUGCUGGAUAUGUGCUGCUGGAGUUGAGAAAGGGAAUCAGUGUGGUAGCUGUAAACUAAGAAAGCUACUUGAGGAGCCAAGGCAAGGGAUUCCCUGCCAGGCAGGCUAUAGAAAGUAUAAGAUACAAGCCUACUGAUUAUCCAUUGCAGGACAGGGCCAGGGUUUCCCACAACCAAACCAUUUAAAAAAGAAGGGGCUGCUGAAAUUGGACUUCCAGUCGUCUUUGCACCCUAAAGAGCACUGGGCAGUGAGGGGAACAGGUCAAAAACCCAGAUAGAAGGGGGCGGUUCCAACCCAGAACACAUUUCAGUUCUCCCUCCCUCCCUCCUCCCCUGAGGCGUCAACACCCUACAACACCCACUUGCAGUGGCUGGAGGCGAGAUAAGAGGGAAAACAUCCAUUCCAGAGCAGUCUCUUGACUUCCCAGCUGCAGGAAGAUGAGGAGAUACAAGCAAUGGUGUGCAGACAUACCCUCUGGAAACAGCUAGGGGGCUGCCUUUCUUUACAUGGGGGAGUGGAGGAUGCCGUGUAGAUAAUGCCCAUACCUCACUUCCCUGGGCGUGUUUGCUCCCUUAGCACCCUUCAUAGGAUCUCUCCUAGUGCAAGGUACCCGCACUUUGUUUACUGGGCACUCAGAAGUUUUUGUUAUCUAAUAACACAGACCAGAGUUUGUUGAAAUCCACCUUAUUUACUAGUCCAAAGGCUUUGCUGUGGGCUAAGAAGGGCCAACGGAAACAGUUUGGACUGACUUGCAAGCAGGGCUGGGAAACGGUCCAUCCUCCAUUUCCUUGUGUUCUAAAUUGGAAGCC